GUGUGAAGCUCAAUAGGACAGUCUGUUUCAGAGGAGGAAGGUGUCGGAGCCGAAGAAGCGCAGAACGUACAGCAGGAUACAGCGAAAGGACCAGAAGAAGCGAAGCGAAGUGAAAAGCGCAGUGCUCGAAUCGAAUUACCCCUUGUGAGGAAGAUUGUUGAAAAAUUCAAAUCUGAUGCGAAUAAAGCAGAUUCAACGAUGAAAAUGGACAGCAACCCCAGUACCACGAAAAUCGUUAUUGAAGAUAAAACGCAAAGAUCGAUGUCUGAAAAAGAAGUACGGAGCAGAAGUAGAAGCAAGAGCAAAAGCAAAAGCAAAAGCAAAAGCCAACGAAAGAAAAAGCGAAGGGAUCAAGUUGACAUAAUGAAGACGGACAUGACCAUGCCGGAUGAAAAAGGAUGA